GCUAUCGUAACCGUUUGGAACGUUGUGCGAUACGGAAACCAGUGCACUUCCGCGAAUAUACGCUGUAUGAGUAGUUUUCUGACAAGUUUCUUCAUUAAUAUUAUUAUUAUAAUAUUCUUCAGUCCGUCGCUAGUCGAGUACCGAUACUCCGAGUAGCUGAAACACGCGAGUGACCGGAACCUAUAUAACACUGUCCAGCUCCACCCUAUAUGCCUGUGCGCCUACAGUUGAUAGAGAAUGGACGAGCACGACAGAGACAUUGAUAUAUCUGUUCGAGAAGGAAGUUCUGGCAGCCGCGUUAAACAGCCCAAAACUCCCGAGAAACGAAGGUUAAACAAGCAACAAAAAUAUGUUGAUAAGGAUCCUGGACUAUUAAAGUUUACGAGACCAUGCAAUCAUAACACUACUAGUUAUAACAGAAAACAGUCUGUCCGAAUAUACUUGCAAGCUAAUUUGAGUAUUGCCAAAUUGCAUAAGAUUUUUAACUCACAGCAACCUGCACAAUAUAAAUCGAGUUUAUCCAUGUUUUCUAGAAUUUUUUGUGGAGAAUUUAAUAUAGGUUUUUCAUCACCUGCAGCAGACUGUUGUGCUCUAUGCAUACGUCUUAAAGACAAUAUAAGAAAUGAAAAAGAUCCCAAAAAAAAAUCUGACCUGAUGAUCGAACGUCGAAUACAUAGAAAGAGGGCAGACGCUUUCCACAAACUUGCAAAAGAAGAUUCUCCAAAUUCAAUAACUUUUUGCUUUGAUAUGCAGCAGGUGCAACCAUUGCCUCGCACCCCCAUUUCAGAUGCCUUUUACUCUCACCAAGUGAGUCUCUACAUAUUUUGUUGCGUCGACAUGAACUCAAGGCACCCUACAUUUUACACCUGGACUGAGAUACAAGCUGGUCGUGGGUCAGUUCAGAUAGGUUCAGCUCUAUUAAAUUAUUUGGAUUCACUGGAACUCGAAGACAUUGAAGUAUUAAGACUAUUUUGUGACGGUUGUGGGGGCCAGAACAAGAACUCGCAUAUUGUACAUGCCCUUUAUUUUUGGCUCAAAAAUAGGCCCCCCGGCACUUUAAAUGAAAUCCAGUUGACUUUCCCAGUUCGAGGACAUAGCUUCCUUCCAGCAGAUAGGGUUUUUGGCCGUGUGGAAAAAUCUUUAAGAAAAAACCCAACAAUAUUAAGCAAGGACGAAUACUUUGAAAAAUAUUCUGAGUUUGGAACUGUGAAAGAACUUGGCAUUGAGUGGAAUCUUUACGACAUUAAAAAUCUGCAAGUUUGUCUUAAGAAAAUUGUAGGUAUUUCCGACUACAAGCGAAUCCUUAUCAAGAAAUCCCGUAAUAAAAUAGGACAAGAUAUCGUGAAAGUACAAUGUUAUCAGAAUUUUAGAAUGGAAAUUUUAAAUGAAGUGCCCCAACAAAUUCUUAAAAAACGAAAAGAAGUUCCAAUAGUAUUAGAAGAAAUUCCUUUAACGCGAUCUCUUCCCGAGAAAAAGAAAAAAUCCCUAGCUCAUCUGAUGGCUCAACAGUUUGGUACAACCUGGGAGAAUAAUGAAAAUCUAGCGUGGUACAAAAAUAUAUUGCGUGAAGCUCCACUUGAAGCAGGUGCCGUCGAAGUUCAAGAACAAAAUGAGAACGAACUUUGCGAUUGCCUCGAGGAUGACCAAGGAAUACAUAUUUAA